UCACUAGCUCCUUUAGAAAUAGAAACACGUGGAGAAAAAGCACAGCUCGCUUAUCAAAGUGCUCUUAAAUAUGGAGCUGUUAACGUUUACCGUGGUCGAGUAUUGCUUAUUGGACAGGAUCGAGCAGGAAAAACAAGUUUGAAGAAGUCUCUCAUUGGUCUACCUUUUAAUUCAAAAGAAAAAAGCACUGAUGGAAUUGAAGUGGAUCCUUCAAAAUUUCAGUUGGACGUUGGUGAAGUCAGGAAUUGGCAACCUAUUGAUGAGAGAAAACAAGGAUUGCUGGGGUGUUCGAGAGAUGUGGCACAGAUCGUAGUGGAAAAGAUGUAUUAUACUCCAGUUAGCGGUGCCUGGGUUCAGGAGAAGGAAAGAGGUGAAGCAAUACUUCAAAGUGAUGAUAAUAAGAAUAGGAAACAGGUUGAUACUGAUGGAGAAAAGGAGGAAGUUUCUCUUGUGAACCAGGUUUGUCUUUGUUGGUUUUGAAACGUGAUGUUUUUUCGUGAAUCCAUCGUUUACUUAGCGCAAAAACGUCGUAACAGUAGUUAUUAAAAAUUGAUUAUCGUCUUCUUCAUAGGUUAGGUUAUAGUGACUUCCCUGCCCUUUUCCACGGUCUCUGUAUGGAAAAUAAGUAACAGCUGCCAGAUCGUUUUCCAGCUCGUUUUCCAAUGCUGGUUAAAAAUUUAAACCAGCGCUUUUAUACUUGUAAGUUUUGUUCCGAGAGUAGAAUGAUACUACUAUCAACCAUUUAGUUAUAUUUCAAUGAUUGUACCCAUCUACACGUAAGAUGAGCCUUUGGGUUAGUAGUGCGUGUGCAAACUAAAGUGAGUUUAACCAUAUCUUUUUUCAUACUUUUAAGUGUUAAUUAGGCCUUGAACAUAGCUCUCCCUUAUUUUGUUGUUGUUGUUGUUAAUGACAAUUUCGCUAUUGUUUUCUUUUUUUAUCCGAGGAGUAAAGCCAAGGGGCUGGGAGGACUCAAUCAAACACCAUUUUCCUAUAUGUUCUUAAACUCACUGUUCCUUAAAAAAUGCAAGAACGUAUUAACGUACGUUUUGGAUACCUUAUGCCUCCAAUAAUCGCGCCUUAAUGUUUGAGCUUAUUAAGAAUUUUCUGUCAUCAAAAACAACUUUAAGUGGGUGAAUAAUCGAAUCGGAGGGUGAAGAGGAGUAAUUAGGUGUUCAUUAUUUCAUCAUUCCAACUCGAAAAUUUUCCUUGUUCCAUUAUUCCAGAAAAAAAGAACAAAUUAUUCCGUUGAAAACAUAUGCUUAUUCCAUUAUUCCGCGCCACAGAAUCAGAAUCAGAAUCAACAGUUUUUUUUUCGCACUCUGCUACAGGUUGGUGAUCCAAACGAAGACAGUGUUAGUGAACCCACGUUAACAGAACCUGAUCAUGAGUUAGUGGUUGAUACUACUUCACCUCCAGAGGAGAUCAAGAAGCGAGCUGUAGAGUUGAUAAAGGAAUUAAAAGGUGAAGAUGUUAAGGCUGAAGAAGCUGUUGUCAGUAUUGAACUGUGGGAUUUUGCAGGACAACACCUGUAUUAUGCAUCCCAUCCUGUAUUCUUAUCAUCACGUGCGCUGUACAUCCUGGUGUGCAACCUCAGCAAGUCACUGCAUGACACAGCCAAACCCUGUGUGAGACAAGGGUCUCGUAAUGUUGAUUUGGAAAACCCAAAUGGAGAAACAAAUCUUGAGAACUUGUUGUCGUGGCUGUCCACAGUGCAUAGCGUUGCACAAAUGAGAAGAGAAACCUGUGAUGACGUAGAAAAAGAGGUGCCUCAUUUGCGCCCCCCAGUGAUCAUUGUAGGAACCCAUGCAGACAAACCAUUUGAAGACAUUGCAACAAUGAAAACAGAAAUCCAGAACGCAAUUGCUGGUAAGGACUAUGAAGGACAUGUGGUGCGGCCUAUCUUUAGCAUUGACAACACUGCGAAGUUACUUCAAAAUAAGAUCAGAAAUGUUUUUAGAAAAGAUGAAAACAUUGAUGACAUCCGAGCUCUACGGGUCAAAAUCAUGGAAGUGCUAAGACAGGAGCCUUACAUCGGGGAGAAGAUACCUGUGAGGUAAAUAACGCCUUUAUACAAGAACACAAUCCAUUAACAUUAAUAAUAAUUUCAGCAGUAACUCAUUGACUCUGACGUUUUACUAAAGCGUGGCCACAAAGAGGGUGUUACGAAAACUAAGACCCUCGAAAACUAGGGUCUAAAACACUUGAAAAGACCCGUCUUAGUUUUCGAGAUUAUACGAAAACUUAGACGCCCUAAAAUCGAAUCCGUCGAAGUAUAAAAUUAAGUUAAAACCGAAGUUGAGGUAUAAUCUGUCAAAUUAUCUUCUGUUCGAUCCUUUCCACGUAGUUUUAGGUGAAAUUCAGUCGAACCUGAAUUACAUGGUUUCCCUUAUGUUAAUCAACCAGAUACUGUUCAUUUCUUAUGACUGCUAGGAAAUUACAGUUUUCCCCCCUGAGUGACGGGCUAGAAUUCACCAGCCUCUAGGCCUUUUAAAGCGGAUGUUUUGGCCGGGUGUUAGGAAAACUAAGACCCUCGAAAUCUGAGACCUAAGACCCCCUAAAUCGAAUCCGUCUAAGUAUGAAGUCAAAUUAUAACCGAAGUUAAGGUAUAACCUGUCAAAUUAUCUUCUGUCCGAUCCUUUCCACGGAAUUUUAGGUCAAAUUCAGCGGUAAAUUUAGGGUUCUUAGUUUUCGUAGUUUCGAAAACAAAGACCCCUCGCACGUACAUACGUACAUACAUAUUUAUUAAUCCUUAAGUGAAAAAAACACUAUACAGGAUGUUAAAAGGUCAAACGGCACAGACAGGAGUACAUUUAAAUACUACCUACAUACAUAGUUUUCGUUAUCACGAAAACUAGGACUCCCACAAAACCAAUCCGUAAAAUAUGUAUGAAGUCGGAUUACGACCGUUCAAAGACUGUAAUUCGUAAAACUUCUGAAUACUAUCAUCCGCUCGAUCCGUCUCUAAUUUCCAGACAUAUCAGUAUUCAGGCUAGCGUUGCCUGAAUAUCAUAUGAAAAUCGCUUUCGGGGGCUGGCACGGGGGGAUACCGAGGUAAUGAUUUUUUUGGUGGGUAUGUGCUGCCCGGGUCUCCAAAUUUGGACCUCGUUUUAAAAAGAAUUUGCCCUAAAAAUGAUACCCCGUUCUAGAAUUUUAGUAAGUUUCCAAACCCCCCCCGGCCCUUUUUUGAAAAAAGAAACAAAGUUAUUUCUAUGUCUGUUCGACUUAAACUUCGACUUCGACUCAAAAUACGACAAAAUCGUCUUUUUCUGUUUGGGGCGCGAAGCGCGAAUGCAGGGUAAACACGUUAUUACGCGACAAUUACCUUACCACGGCCUACGACGCGCAACACAACAGUUUGCUUUUCAAGUUUUAUUAUAUUGCGUUUUAUGGCUGCUAGCAAUUUGAACUUUCAUGAAGGGAAAAAAUAUGUAUAACCCCUUUCUAAAUCAGGGGCUUCAAAAUCAUUGCCCCGUUGAGAGGCACAUACCCGUGUAACUAUUUUGGCGGAGUGCCCUUCUUUCGCUGUCAAACGUUUGAAACCAUUUUCCUUUCAUUUAGCGAGUUAUAUUCGCUGUCAAGUUAAAACAAGACAGAUAUGCUUUUAUUUAUGUCCAAAAUAGGCUCUUUCACUCAAAAAUGCCUCCUAACGCCCCCCGACCAGACUUCUGUUGACAAAUGGCGCGCACAAGUUUCCGGGUCCUAUGUUCAAAUGAACCUUUUCAGUAAAAUUUCAAAAUAUGUAGUAACUUGACAGCAGAUUAGUACUGUAUCAAACUUUAAAUAGUGAAAAUGACAACCUUAGAUUUUUAGCGGGUAACUCUCUCACACUAUUUCUCUGUGCCCCCACCCUACCCUUGUCUCCCUCACAGCCGUUUUUUGGAUGUCACGCAACGCUUCCCCAAUUUUUUUUUUUUUUGGGGGGGGGGGGGGGGCGUUGCGUGACAUCCAAAAAACGGCUGCGAGGGAAACUAACCCUACCCCGCAACUGCCAUUAACUUUUCUCCUGCUUUCCGGUGAUCUCCGGGGUGGCAACGAUAAAAAUAAACUCUCGGGAAAACGCCCUUUUUUAAGAAUGCCUUUUUGUGUGAUGUUUAACCAUGAUAGACGAAAGCGAUUUUGAUAAUAUUCAGGUAACGCAAUUAGGGUCGCAGCAACAACCCAUGUACAGCGUAAUGAUUUUACCCAUUUUACCAAAGUUAUCGAUAAAUCGGGGUAAGGCAUGUUUUCAGUGUACAAUUUAUACAUAUGUAUUCAUCCUUAUGUAUGCCUGAAUUUAUAUGUCUACAGAUUAGAAGAAGCGGGUCGAGUGGAUGAUAGUUUUCAGUAGUUUUACAGAAUAUAGUCUUUGAACGGUGGUAAUCCGACUUCAUAUAUAUUUUACGGAUUAGUUUUGUGGGGUCUUUCGUAUCUUUAUGAAACCUUUUUUUGAGUAUAACACUCCGAGGGAUACAAUCAGAAUGAAAUGAAAUUGAUUAAGCUAUUCUUAAAUGCUGUAAUAAAAUUUCGGUCAUUCCAAAGUAAUUCAAUCAAUCAAUGUGUUCUAUUUUCAAAACUAAGUGUUAAUUGUUCAAUUCUAUAAUCUCGGUUAAUCAGUUCAUAACUCGAUAUGACAGGGUCCUUGUUUUUUUAAUUAACGAAACUACGAAAUCUCGGACCCCUAAAUCUCCCGCUAAAUUUCACCUAAACCUCCAUGGAAAGGAUCGGACAGAAUAUAAUUUCAGGGGCACCCAACGACAAUUUUCGGAAGAAUAUCUGUUCGGAAGACGAUUUGAAAUCUAGAAUUUUCGAAACAUUUGUUGUAAAAUUUCUUGCUUGCCUGCCUCUCCUAGGAUUUUCGAACAUCUAAAAAAUGGUAUAAUUGCCUAUUUUUAACGGAUUUUUACCCUAAAAAGGUCACCUAGAAUUUUCGGGAGCCUUUUUUCUGGCUGAAAUUUUCGAAAAGGUAAGUUUUGAUCCCUAUAAUUUUCGGAUCACUAGACUUUCAGCUAGGAAAUCCGAACAGAUGGAAAAUUUUUAGGGGAUAAAAAUAUGCCUAUAUCUACCGUUUAAAUACUAAAAUACGUUUAACAAUGCUAUGUUUAAGUGGUUUUGAACUAUAUUCUCGUUGGGUGCCCCUGUAAUUUGACAGAUCAUACCUAUCUUCAGUUAUAAUUUGACUUCACACUUCGACGGAAUCAAUUUUAGAGAGUCUUCGUAAUCUCGAAAACUAAGGCGAGUAUUAGGUCUUUGGUCUUAGUUUUCCUAACACCCGGCCAAAACAUCCGCUUAAGGCCUAGAGGCUAGUUAAUUGUAGUCUCUCACUCAGGUGGAAAAAAAUAUCAUUUCCUGACAGUCAUUAGACUGUUCACAGUCCCCUAUUUUUCCGUAAGACCGUCGAGAGUUGAGGGCGGCUAUAUAAGAUAAGUGUCAAAUCUACUUAGGAGGCUGGGAACGGAGGUAUAAUCCCCGACGCUCGCCCCCGCGGUACAUUUGAAAAUCAAGAUGGCCGCCAUUAACGGUAAGAUGCGCUAUAUCUCGACGAUCUCACGGAAAAAUAGGGGACUGUUAACAGUCUAGGCAGUAAUAAGAAAUGAAUUUCUGCCAUGAUUAAAAUAAGUUAACUAUGUAAUGCAGGUUUGACUGGCCUGAAGAGAUAUUCUGCCCUAGAGUGUUUGACAGAAAAAUUUUUUUUCUCAUUUAGCUUUUAGGAAUCAUCCUCGGAGACCCAGGGACAGAUAAAGGGGCGAGGGAAAGUCUAAACGGGCGGAAAAAUAUAUAUGGAACGAAGAAAAGUAAAGAACGGCGAGAAGAGCCCCUGGGGACAAUGUCUUAUCAGACCAGUUCCAAACGGUCGCCGCCGUUCUGGCUUCUGAUUGGUGUCAGAAAAACACAAGUGUUCUGGCACCAAUCAGCAGCCAGAACGGCGGCGACCGUUUGGAACUGGUCUGGUAAGACAUUGUCCCCAGGGGCUCUUCUCGCCGUUCUUUACUUUUCUUCGUGCCACAUUUUUCCGCCCGUUUAGACUUUCCCUCGCUCCCACUAUCUGCCCCUGGGUCUCCGAGGAUGUUUAGGAAUUAGCCGAAAAGCACUGUGUGGAUUUCAUUGUCGUUCAAAAAUUUAAAGUGUAGUAAACUUCAUACUCAUGAUGUGGUUUUCCAGAACAUCCAGUUAAAGGUCCCUUUAAUAUAAAGGCGGACAAAUCGAUACAGUCAGUUCUCUUAACUGUGUAUACGCUGGGGAAGGCGAGUCCUUAACAUAGAGGGUUUGCAAUGGCGAGCCGAGUUUGUUUCAGUCGUUUUUGCCGGGGGUUGAGCUGUUUCCAUAUCAUCGAGAUAUCCGUAAGUUGACUAUAAUUCGACCUUGAUACUAAACAGUGAGUUCAAGCAAGGGAAAAUAAAAGCCCCUCUUUCCAGAGUUCUGUGAGGUUGGAGCCACCUUAAUCCAGGGUGACCACUUAACGCUAAUCUAGGCCUUUUGCAAUAGUUGGUCACGUGAUCAACCUUCUGUAAACACGAAAAUAGUUCGCUUUUGGACAAUUGUGAUAGCUGGAACUGAAAGAGCAUGUUAAAAUUAAGUAAGUUGUGAAUUUUCACCCGUAUUUCUUAAAAGGGGCGAUUGUAACGGCCGCCGAGAAGAAGAAGGAUUUGUACGAGAAUUUCUUUUCCGCAGUUCUUAUAUGAUUUAUUUCAUAUACAUCUAUCACAGAAAAACAGCUCUUGGCUGCCAGUCACGCUUGAAUGGUUUUCCAUACAAAUCCUCGUAAAUUUUGACAUUUUUGAACUGUCUUGAAGGCUUUCCCUUACGCAUUUGAGAUCGCCUGUUAUGAAUAAAAGGGAGAUUUGAGCCCCAUAAUACUUCAGGAAAUAUUUUACGACAGUUUAAAAAUUUCCAAAUUUCCAAGGGUUUAUGUGGAAAACCACUCAAACGUGACUGGGUGGCAAGAGUUGCUUUUCCCUUCUAAUUUUCGGCGGCCUUUGCGAUCGCUACUUAUUCUAAUAAUUAUGCUCUUUCAGUUCUUGCUGACAAUAUUUGAAAAAGCGAACUGUCUUCUUGCUUACAGCAAGUUGAUCGCGUGAUAAUGCAAAAGGCCUAUUAACCCUUUAGUGACCAACAUCAAUUUUCUCCUAACGAUAUCCUUAGAAUUUCAGGAGAUCAGGUUAUGAGAAUUAAUAAAAUGAUCGCCUGAGGGGAAAUGCUUUGAUCUUUUAUCAGAUUCUCUCAACUCAUUCCUUAAGAAAAUGUAUAGAGAUCAGUUUGGAGAAUUACGACGUGUAUAUUGGGGCUUAAAGGGUUAAACCAGCUGUUUUAGGUCAGCUUAUUUAAGCUUAUAUUUAUCUCAUUUUUACUUUAGAAAGACCAUAAAAACUAACUAAUGAAAAAUCUUUAACUUUGCACAUGUCUGCUAAACAAAAUCCCAACGUCUUAGCGACUUUCGCAGCAAUUUUAGUCGCCAUUUUUUUUUUGCUAUGGCGACCAAAAUGGUCACAGCUCGGAUCGCUGUUGUUUAGUGAUGUUUAACGUCAUGUUUUGAAAUGUGUGCUCUCUACUGUAGUCUGUUCUAUAGUCAUUGUAUUGUGCAGUGACAUCGAUACUACUACUCGCGCUAUUACGUUUCUCUUUGUUUUUAUGAACUAGAUGGCUGAACUUUGAGAAGGUCAUCAACGCUUUACUUUCCAAGCCAGUUUAUUACCUGAGUGUAACGAAGCUACGGACCCAUGCCAAGGAGAAGUGCUUCAUCGAUGACCAUGAAGAGUUUACCACCAUGGUGAAUUUCUAUCAUGACCUGGGGAUAAUUAUCAAGCACCGUCGCACAGUCAUCUUGAGUGCCAAGUGGCUGAUAGACUUGUUCGGGCAGCUGAUCACUAUUUCAGAUUUUGAGAAAAUUGUAAGAUAUACAUUAUAAUCUUGUUUUUAAACUAUGGCAAUGGUUGCAGAAGUAUUUCCCGUCGUCGCUUCUCUCCAUAUUCUAGCCGCAGAGAAGCGACGACCAAAAAUACGCCUUAAUUUGUAGGCUAUAUCUAUUGGUACAUGUGACCGCUGAAAUCAUGGGUUCAACAAAAUCCCAUUCAUAAUGAGGACGUACGUGUCAUCUGAACAAUAGUAACAAUCUACCUUUAAAAGUGUGCAAUGGAAGUAAGUAAUGGUAACUGUGAAAUCAAUAAAGAUUGUCCCCCCAUGCUUCCCCUCUCACACCCGUCUUUAUACCGCAUCACUUGGUGCCCACUAACAAUAAGAGCUCGUCAUAACCAAUUUACCUGCAAUUGUCGUGAUAUGUAGUCUUAAAGGUACGUCUAAAAACAAAACAGAGUGGAAAGAUACAUACACGUCUGCUGAAACCAGCAACUCUUUAUGUCGACCAAUCAGAACGCACUUUGAAAUUUGGCCCAUAAGAAGUUUCCGCUGAGUAAACCAAAUGGAGGAUGGUAAAGCGGACACUUGGUUUUGUCCCUUUGGUGUCCAAAUUAAAGAGGUUUGAACGUAACUUGUUUCUUUUAGUAGACUUACUAAUAAAUAAUUAGUGUAAUAAUGUAGUAGUGUAAAAUGGUCCUACAAGAAAGCUAUUUUGAAAAGUUUUGUGAGCAUUCCUCGUGUUCUUCCGUCUUAGGUCCCUAAGUUUGCAAAGCUCUGGAAAGAAGUCGAAAAAAGCGGUGUUCUCAGCAUGGAACUGCUUGAUCAUGUGUUUUCCAAAUUUCUUCUGAAGGGCGUUGCCAGGAAAGACAUUCUGGAUUUGAUGGAACAAUUUGCUUUGAUUGCUAAAUUUUCAUCUUCAAAGACAGGAGAAAAAUACUUUGUUCCAUCUCAACUCAAAGCGUCUCCUGAUUCUCUUUGUUCCAUGACACCCACAACCCUCGACCCUUGUCCCCUGUUUGUUUACUUCGUCAGCGGUUCUGUUCCCCAUGGUCUGUUCACUCGGCUUGUUUCUCGAUCUGUCCGUUGGUGUUCUGAUGCUGGUCCAACUCAGCCCCCUACCCUGUACCAAAAUGGAGCGUGGUUUGUUAUUGGGAAGCAAACCCUCCAUGAUUUUGUUCUUAUUUGUAAGAAGCAGUUUAUCAAGUUCUUUAUCAAGCAAAGAACCCACCCUCAGCAGAUCUCUGUGGAAAGCACAAGUGAGAUUGCGCUGCAGGUUCGUGAGUUUGUGGAGGCAACAUUGCAAGCUUUGUCACGUGAUCUCUAUAAGGGUGGAUUGCAGUAUCAUAUUCGGGUCGCCUGUCCGUAUUGUCAGCGGGAAAAGUGUCCAAGCCACAAUCAGAUUGCAUGUUCUCAUGAAGAUUGUCUUCACCUCCUUGAGGUAAGACAUGGCGAUCCUCUGAUUUGCAAGGAGAAACCUGUAGAGGAGGUACUCACAGUUACGGGACACCAAACGUGGUUCUCACAGAUAACAACAAAGGUAGGUAGCGGUAAAAUUCGAUCUCUAGCAGUGCCGUUAGCAUAUAUCAAGCGAAUACACAUACUACUAAAACUUAUGUCCUUAAAAGGUAGCCAUAUAUUUAAACUAAAAAGGCUUCAACAAAGUCUAUGCAUGUGCAUUGUUAGGUUAUAGUAUGAUGUACAACGUAUGCCUUCAUUUAUCCUACCACGAGCUUCUCUGCAGUGUAAGAGAAGGCUUUGUUGCUGUCAACUUAGCGAACAUUGGUACUUUAUAAUAUCAAGUAAGUUGAUAAGGUCAAUUGGCUACCAUGUAUUACUAAUUGUUAGUGUCCUGUAGGCUUAGCAGUGGGCAUAUAACCUUUUCUCAAGUCUUUUUUAAUGCGAUGUUUUGCUUUGCGGUUGAGCAAUCAGUUUACAACAUCUAACGUGUUAACAGGUAGAACCCCCCAGAUGUAAAAAUUUAUAUUUUAAAGUGUGCAAUUUUGGUUGCUAUGCAGGAAGCGUGUACUCCAUCAUCAUCACCUGAUACAGCACAAGCUCGUCCAGAUUGUCUGGUACUGAAAGUUACCCUUCUCGCGAAUGAGUGGGGGUCGUCCAAGGGUGGCUUGUCAACAAUAAACAGAACUCUUGCCAUACAUUUGGCAAAAGACCCACAUGUAGAAGUGACCAUUCUUGUACCUGAAUUUGAGUGUGGCGAAGAGCAUAAGAGAGCUGCCAAAAGUCACAACAUUUCCAUCCGGGAAGCAGGGCGCCUUCCUGCCUACAGUGAUCCUCUUGACUGGUUGAUCGCUCCCCCAGAAGACCUUGACAUUCAGGUUGUGAUCGGCCAUGGAGCAAAGCUUGGUAGACAAGCACAAAUUAUCAGAAAGUCUCAUUGCUGCAAGUGGGUGCAGGUUGUUCACACUGAGCCUGAAGAGCUGGCGAUGCAUAAGAACUAUCCAAGCGCCAUUGCCAAGGGAGAAGGGAAGAACAGAGCUGAAGUUGAACUUUGUCAAAUUGCAGAUCUCGUUGUAUCCGUUGGACCCAAGCUGAAAGAAGUGUUCUCGUCCAAGCUGCGUUCAUCUCAUCGAGAAAUCUUACAAUUAAUACCAGGUUCCUUUGCAGCGUUUUCAGAUAUUGAACAUGCUGCACAAGAUGGUGUAAAUUUCAGAGUACUGACCUUUGGUCGCGGUGAUUUGGAAGACUUUAGUCUUAAAGGAUACGACAUUGCCGCUCAAUCCAUAGUGGAAUUGAAGGACAGUUCUUAUAGUCUUAUUUUCGUUGGUGCUUCCGAUGGAAGGCAGGAUGAAGUCGCAGAAAUCUUACUCCAGACUGGGAUUUCAAAGAACCAGCUUAUUGUGAGAUCGUUUGUGAAAGACAAGCAAAGAUUGAGAGAAUUGUUUUGUGAAGUCGACCUGGCCAUUAUGUCAUCAAGAACUGAGGGGUUUGGUUUGACAGCAUUAGAGGCCAUGUCAGCUGGUCUUCCCAUUCUAGUUAGUGGAAACUCUGGAUUUGGAAAAGCACUGCGUGGUCUUCCAAAGGGUGAGUCAUUUGUGAUCGACUCUGAUGACCCCAAGGAAUGGGCAAAGGCAAUUGCAGCCAUCCGUCAAAAAUCAAGGACACAGCGGCUUGAGGAAAUCCAAAGACUGCGAAGAAAAUAUGAUGAAAGAUUCUCUUGGGAGAGACAGUGCCAGAACCUUGUCGCCAGAAUGUGGAAGAUGGUCUAUGGUAAGAAGUUAACUUUGCCUAAAGGAGAGUAAUGAUAAUAGUAAUUAUUAUUCGUUCAAAAUAUUUCUCCGUUUUUGACUGGCUAAAAGCACAUGCAUAAUUCAUCAUAAACAGCUACUGUUGACUAAAUUUGUCAUUUUCAACAAAUGACGUCAAAAGUGCAGCCAAAAUUGAAGAUUACUGAACCGUUAACCGAGAAAACCUGGGGACGAGGUUGAGUUGUUUUGGUGGUGAGAACAAAAUGGCUUACUCAGUCGGCGAAACAUUUUACUUGUUUCACGGCGAAAUAUUGUCAAAAUCAUAGCAAGAAGAGAACUGAGAAGACAACUCGACGGACAACAUCCGCUGUUUGGAGUAUAUUUGCAGGCCAGAACAGACUAAUAUCUCCUCAAUUUCUCGAUAAAGAUGCACUAUCGAUAUAAACUUAACAUCGACCGAGGGAAGGAAAUUUCAGCUUGUUUUUAGACUUGGAAUUAUUUUCGGAGGGUGUUAUCCACCUCGGCCUUCGUCCUCGGUGGAUAACACCCUCCUCGAUCUACAGAAUUCUUCAUAUCCCACGAAAGCCGAAUUCAAUAAUUGCUAAUUAUUACUUCAAACACGGUGGAAAUGUCAGUUGCGUAUCUCAUAUCAGGAUUAGCCUUUGUUUUGCUUUUAUGAUUCAUCCCUGUAUUUUAUUUGCUUCAGCAAGAGCAAGUGCGUAAGCAAAUUUAAUGGUAUUAUGUUUGGCGGUGCAUGUGAAUAACUGCAGAAAGAUUGCCAACGUUAACCUUUUAAACCUCAAUAACAGCAUUCAUGUUCUCCACACUGUUAUCCAUACAUAUCUUGUGUUACUGAUAAGGAGAAUUUGUUUAACAAUCAAGAUAUUUUCACGUGCUGCUUGUUCUCUCUUUUAAAGAAAAAGAAUGACAACCGUCCAGCUAAAACUUUGGCUUAUGAUAUAUCACACAAAAUAAAUGGAGGGCUUCUCAGAUUGGAAUCAUUUAUUUUUUUCUGUAAUUGAAUGUUUUUUUCUUCUUAAAUUUUACAGGUGUUGAAAAGACCCAAGAAGAUACCGUUCCACAGAAUGACUUUGAAAAUGAUGCGGCAAAAGGAUCGAUGACUGGUGAUGUGGUUCUUUGAUUUCUCAAAUAAACCAGAGCCAAAAUUUAUUUUUGUAGUAGAGUGGGGUUAUUUUGUUCUCUUGAAACCAGGACAAAUUUAUAUUUUCGGCUGUUUUUAACUAAAGACGAGUUCAUCAUGUCCUAUUAAACUGACGUGAAAUAACCUCAUUCUUAUUUUAAUAAUUUCCCUCUGCCGUUUACAGGCGAAGCAAUUUUCCUUGCACUUCAACAAAUCCUGCUGGAAGCACGCACAGAGUCCAGCAAAACUGAGCUGUCGCAGGCUUUAAAGAGGACUGCGUUGGAGAAAGGUUUUGCGAUAUCUGACAAUCAAGGAGAGGGAAACUGCAUGUUUUUUGCACUUUCAGAGCAGCUUGACCUCAUCAAAGGAAUUCAGAUAUCCCAUGAUGAGUUACGCCGAACUAUUGUUCAGCAUCUUCGGGAAAACCCCAGUCUGGUAAGUACCUUUGGUUAUUGUUUUUCCUACGGUGGAUUUAUUUGCAAUAUAUGCGAAAGCCGUCGCAUUUUCCCACUGAAAUGUGUUUAUUGUUUUUAAGGUUAAAAGCAAUAAGGUCUUGUUCUGACGUAUCCGAAAUACGUGUACACACGUAGCGUAUUUGAAUUUUUUGCGCCCGUCCACAUAAAAACGCUGACGUGAUUGAAAUACGAUAACAUCCCUUACAGGGCAAACGCAGUGCUACUAGCAUAUAAUGCAUGACAUCAUUGUAUUAGAAAACCUCUGUUUUCUUCCGUCCACACGUAAACGAGAAGUCGGCGUUUUCAGAAGUCCACUCUGGGGACCGCUUUCUGGGGACCUGUGUUUUUGGUGCCCGAAAAGGCCGCUAAAAAUACCCUGAUACGUGUGGACGGGGCCUUAAAUUCUUGCAGCCAAAUGCUACGGCUUUACGGGUAUGCUGCUGAUGAAUCGACCCUUUAUCAGCAAAACAUCAGCUCUGCACGAGCAUCACGCCUAUUUGUAUUUUGCUUCGCCUUCCGCUGCACGACGUGAAACUUCCUAAUGCGACGUUUUGUAGAGGACCUCGAAAGCAUGGCGACGAAAUAUUGUUAUUGGAUCCGGACGCUGUCCUUAGAAUUCAAAUCCGGGAAAUUUCUUCUACUUUUUUUAAUUUGAAAAACGUUACAUAAGCGCCAUUAAGGUUAAAAGAAAGCAAAUUCAUUUCCUUUAAUCACAUUUUUGACUCGGAGGCGUAAAUGAAAACAGAUUUUAGGAAAUCUGUUUCUGUCGCCUCGAUCGUCUGACUCAUGUCCUAAUUUUUUAUAAGUGCGUCAUUUUGCUAAGUAUGGAAUGUUUACCAACAGCCGCUUUGUUCGAACAGCAUAUGUUUACUUAGUAAAGUGAAGCGAAGUGAAUACUUUAUUUAAAGAGGGUAAGACUUGACGUACAAGUAUAGCAUGAAAGGAUAAACUUGAGAUCCUCAAUACUUGUUAUAUUUGUAGGGUCAUUUCUGACCCAACAUACUGGUUUACAAGUCGAAAUUGCAAACUUUUAUUUUUUCAUAGUAAACACCUCUUCCCCUCUCUCUUACACGUGUAACAGACACCUCCCUAAAACCUUCUCAAGUACUUUCCUAAAAGUGUUGGUCCCUGCCGUUCUUAAUUGUUUUUCUUGGAGAGAAAGAGAGUAAGAAGAGUAGUAUGGGAUGCAAACGUUAGACCUCGUUUUUGAAGUGAAAUCUCAUUAGUAUGAAGUGGAGCAAAUAAAUGUCAAUUGCAUCUUUAUCACAUGAAUAAAAUGCGGUAGAAUCUCAUCAACAUAACGUCACGAGCUAUGGAAGUGAUGUAGUGUGCAGGGAUCAUGUUCUUAUUUGGUUAGUAUGCUAUCAUAGUCUAUUUUAUUGUCCAUUGCAGACAACCUUUUGGCCUGGUUCCGGUUCACUACGAAGGCGGACAUAUAUGCUCUGGUGCCGAUACCAGCGGGGUCCGCCUUAGAGAGAGCUGACAGCGCGGCUGCCUGAAUAUGUACCUUCUACAAAAGUACUCCACCUCUUUCUCCAUUAACUACAGUAUUUUCUUUUUUUCUUACAGCCGGAUGGGACAGAAUUGUUUCAUUUUGUUGAUGGAUAUCCAUCUUGGGAUGCCUACCUCACAAGCAUGUUGGCAGAUGGUACAUGGGGUGAUCACGUGAUUCUACACGGCGCGGCAUACCGUUUUCAAACGUGCAUCCACGUGAUCAGCAGUCUUCCGCAUCGCCAUGACGUAAUGAUCUGCCCAGAGAUUGAUGUUACUGGUGGCAACCGGCUCGUGCUGGGUCACCUGCACGAGUUUCACUAUGUUAGCCUUAUUCCACAGAUAGGAGGUAAAGAUGUCUGA